CCCCCGUCAACGAAACACAAGCAUUGUGAAUGGCCUGAUUUAGUGACGAGCCGUGGAUGUAAACCAAAUCACAUGCAACAUAGUCACGUGUCUAUUACUGUCAGUCGUCUUCCCCAGAUUUAUCUCCAUGUCCGCUAUUUGUUUACCCCUUAUAACGUUGCAUCAUGAUCCUUACAGCAGAACGUCUAGUCAGACUUGCCUAUAAGUACCCAAGCCUCCAUAACUCAUGGUACCUUAUUGCUUGUGCAUGUUUGACAGUCGUCAACCAACCCCAAGAAAUCCCCAGCGUGUUCCAUUUCGCCUUGAGGCAGCAAUUAUUGGAAUCAACCACUGAUACCUCGUUGUUGACCAACAAGUUCUUGAUCCAAAUGGCCCAGGAUUCCAUUUCCUCCUCCACAAAGUACAAAGACUUAACUGCUGUUGGAGUGAACUUGCCAGACAUUCUUAUUCCUUACAGCUACUAUGACAAGCUACCACUCAAGUUCAAAUACUCGUCUUCGGAUGAUAUUCUGGCAUGCCAGUCCCAAAUAGCAGCCAAAGUCAGAGAAGUCAUCCUCAAAAGUGUGGCCUUGGCGGGGCUUCCCAAGGCCAUCAAUGCAUUGAUGAUCUUGAAAACGGUAACCCCUACGGCCAUGAAGCCCUCCACAUUGCCAGUCCGGCCAUGUAUCGUCAAGCCAGGCCACGUACCAUCAUCAGACAUAGUGGGAGAGGACCUUAACGGAACCAACUUUGACCAGAGUGCCGACACAAAGGAGACCAUCGACGGUCCGAUAUCGCCAAGCUCGAUCAACGUCAAGCGGAUCCAGGAGGACCUCUACCGGGGCUCCGAGUUCUGGAACGCGAUUUACACCAGCAAAGUGAACACCAGAAUCAAGAGGCAGAUGGUGAAUGCCUAUCCUGACUUGUGGUACUUUGCCUACCACAACGUGUACUCACCACUCUUGAGUUUCACCGAAGUGUUGUCGGCUAGGGAGACCUCGAUGUGUGUUGUAGCCAGUUUGAUUCCCCAGGAUGUCAACCCUCAAUUAAAGGGUCACUUAAAGGGUGCCUACAAUGUUGGCGUGAGCAAAGAAGAGUUGUCCGACUUGAGGGAUUUGGUGUUUGACGUGUGUGACUGGACUGGCGGUGUCACCUGGGCAGAUGGCAAAGAGGGCGUUGCCAAGUUGUAGCUUCAGAUUCGCAUCCAUAGCUAGACGCUAAAUAUAUUCGAGAAUGAUUCUUUUAAUAAACACCCUGAAUAUGCUAUCUGAGCCAAGCCCCACCAAGAGGGGAUCUACAUGUCGCCAUUAGUCUUGUGUAUUGCUUUUAUAUAUAUCCAAUAAUCGAUAGUGGAUGUAGGGUUGAUGAUGCUAUUAUAGCUUGAUUCUAUCCUGUCUUCUGAUCAAUACAACUUGUAAACCACAGAACACAAAGAAUGCCAAGUAUACAAAGACUGCUCCGA